UCUGGGAUUUGAAGCGGAUUGGGGGUGGGGGGGUUUACCCGACAGUAAUUUAACCAGAGAAACCCCCCCGCCUGCCUCCUGCCUCCUGCUCCGGGUCCGGCUUCAUCAUCAGAGGCGCUUUCAGCUGAUUUUUUUUUAUCUGGACUUGCUCGUUCAGCGUUUGGUGGCCAGUCUCUGCGCUCUCUGCCUCCAUCUCGGUCCUCUUCUGCGUUUUCCUCGGAUCCUCGGUCUUGGCAGUAGCCGCUGCACCGUUAGCCCCGCUCUCUCCCGGAGCCCCGCCAUGCCCGGCCCGGUGGCCGGCAGUAAAGCCCGAGUUUACGCCGACGUGAACACCCUGAAGAGCCGGGAGUACUGGGACUAUGAGGCUCAUGUGCCCUCCUGGAGCAACCAGGAGGACUACCAGCUGGUGCGCAAGCUCGGCCGGGGGAAGUACAGCGAGGUGUUUGAGGCGAUAAACGUCAACAACAACGAGAAAGUGGUGGUGAAGAUCCUGAAGCCUGUCAAGAAGAAGAAGAUCAAGCGAGAAAUAAAGAUUCUGGAGAACCUGCGAGGGGGAACCAACAUCAUCCGGCUGGUGGACACUGUGAAGGACCCAGUGUCUCGAACGCCCGCGCUUGUCUUUGAGUGCAUCAAUAACACUGAUUUUAAGGAGCUGUACCAGAAGUUAACAGAUUUUGAUAUACGCUUUUACAUGUAUGAACUACUAAAGGCCCUGGACUACUGCCACAGUAUGGGUAUCAUGCACCGUGAUGUGAAGCCCCACAACGUGAUGAUUGACCACCAGCUGAGGAAGCUGAGACUGAUAGAUUGGGGUCUGGCCGAGUUCUACCACCCUGCGCAAGAAUACAACGUCAGAGUGGCGUCCCGCUACUUCAAGGGUCCAGAACUGCUGGUGGAUUACCAGAUGUAUGACUACAGUCUAGACAUGUGGAGUCUUGGCUGCAUGCUGGCCAGUAUGAUCUUCCAGAAAGAGCCAUUCUUUCACGGCCAAGACAAUUAUGAUCAGUUGGUCAGGAUCGCCAAAGUUCUAGGGACAGACGAGCUUUUCGGCUAUUUGCGCAAAUACCACAUCGAACUGGACCCUCGAUUUAAGGACCUGCUGGGCCAUAGGCAAACGCGGAAGCGCUGGGAGCAGUUUGUCCAGACGGAAAAUCAGCACCUGGUCAGUCCUGAAGCUCUGGACCUUCUGGACAAACUGCUGCGCUACGACCAUCAGCAGAGACUGACUGCCACAGAAGCCAUGGAGCACCCCUACUUCUAUCCAGUGUUGAAGGAACAGUCUCUCACUAAUGCAGACAGCACUGUAGGAUCGGGAGGAUCUAAUGCAGCUCGGUGAAAUCAGAAAUAUGAACGGAACGUGUUACCUCAACUUUUAACCCCUCGUGGCAGAAACCUCUUAAAGUGUACAGUGGAAGGUGGAUCAAAGCAGCGUUGACCAGUUAACACCUUUUUUUGGAGUCGCCCAGUCCUGCAUACACUCGUACACACACAACCACAACCACACACACACAGGCGCGCCGUCUCUCUCCGUGUCAGUCAGGGUUGGUCUGCCUCCUGUAACAGGCCUCGAAGGUCAUGAAGAUGCCCCACUCCCCCUUUAUCUAAGCGAGAAACUGAAAGGAAUAUUACCCCGAAUGUAAACCCCCCCCCCCACCUCCCUCAAUACUCUGAACCCUCCCUCCUUUAAUCUAAGCAUGGAGAGCGAAGAGCAGAUUAGGCCCCGCCCCUCCCUCCUUGUUGGUCUGUCUGUCUGUCUGUCUGUCAGUAUUCAGACCCCAGUCUGGUGUCUAUGCACCGCCGUACAGAAGUGGCGUGGUGGACCUUAUAUAACUUUUUUUUCUUUUAUUUUAUUUUUAAUUUUAAUUUUUUUUUUUGCUCUAGGUAGAACGAUAUUAAUGACAAUAAAUGAGUUUUAUUUAGAA